AUGUAUGCUGCCGAGCGGUGGACAUACCUUUCUGACCUGUUCAUCCGCACGCAUCAUGAGCUUCUCUCAUUACCAUCACGGCCUUUGAUCCAUAUCGCCUUAUCAGCGGGUCUUUCUGCUCUCAAGACUCCGUCGUGCCAUUCCGCAUAUACUUCGUCAAGUUCAAAUCUUCAUUCUACUACCACAUCUGUGUGCCCCAUAUGUUCAACCGAGUUGAACGAGCUUGCUCGAAACCUGCCGUACGCUCAUCACACGAAAAGUUUUGUCGAAAGCGACCCAAUUGUCCUGCCAAACGGUAGGAUAUACGGCCUCCAUCGGUUGCUGGACAUGAGCAAGAAGGUUGGCUCACUCGAAGCCGGCAAAGUCAAAGACCCAACAACAGGAGAGAUCUUCGACGAGAGUGACAUGAAGAAGGUUUACAUCAUGUAA